AUGUCGCAUAUGAAGAUGAAGUCUCUCGUACAUUUCCCAAGUAUGAAGAAAAUGAUGAAAUAUGCAAAGGAAUCAAGAAGGGGGAACCUCACCAUGGUGACUGAAUUCAUUCUACUGGGAUUGUCCAACCACCGUGAGCUGCAGGUGCCUCUGUUCUCCAUCUAUCUGUUCAUUUACAUUAUUACUCUGAUGGGGAACAUCCUCAUCAUCCUCAUCACCAUAGACACAGCCCUUCAAACCCCUAUGUAUUUCUUUCUCCGAGUCUUAUCCUUCCUGGAGAUCUGCUACACCUCGGUCACCAUCCCCAAGAUGUUGGUGGACUUCCUGUCAGACAACAGGAGCAUUUCCUAUGUGGGCUGUGCUGCACAAAUGUACUUCCUGCUCUUCCUUGGAAUCUCUGAGACCUUCCUUCUGACUGCAAUGGCGUAUGACCGCUUUGUGGCCAUAUGCAACCCAUUGCGGUAUAGGCUCAUCAUGAACAGGAAGGUCUGCCUUUCAUUGGUAGUUCUCUCUUGGUUCAGUGGUAACAUGGUAUCCCUAGUACAGACAGCCUGGGUUUUCACCUUGCCAUUUUGUGGGUCCAAUCAGAUUAACUAUUUCUUCUGUGACAUUCCCCCAUUGAUUAAGCUUUCUUGCACUGACACCUCUUCUUAUGAAAUGCAGUUGUUUACAGUUACUAUACUGUUCAAUUUCACUCCAUUUUCUCUCAUCCUUGUGUCCUACGUUGUUAUUAUCUCCACCAUCUUAAAGAUGGCUUCGGCUGAUGGCAGACACAAAGCUUUCUCCACUUGCUCCUCACACCUCCUUGUAGUGACACUGUAUUACGGGAGCAGUGGCCUGAUCUAUUUAAGACCUAAGUCCAUUAACUCACCAGACAGCAGCAAAGUGCUUGCUCUGAUGUAUACAACCAUCACCCCCAUCUUGAACCCUAUAAUCUACAGCCUGAGGAACAAUGAGGUGAAAGGGGCUGCCAAAAAGUCAACACUGCAGAUUCUUCAGUGA